GGCUUCCGGUUGGCAAGAUGGUGGCGCGCGGUAGGAAGCGUGCGGCGCAGGACUCCGAGCAGGGGAUCCCGAGCCCGCCCGGGUACUCAGCCAUCCCGAUCAAGUUCUCGGAGAAGCAGCGGGCUUCUCACUACCUCUAUGUGAGAGAGCACAGAGUUCGAGAAGGCACCAAGUCUUCCUGGCCUCAGAAGCGGACCCUUUUUAUCCUCAAUGUGCCUCCGUACUGCACACAGGAGAGCCUGGCCCGCCUCCUCUCCCCCUGCGGCCUCGUCCAGUCUGUGGAGUUACAGGAGAAGCCAGACCUUGCUGACCGCCCCAAGGAGCCAAAGUCCAAAUUUUUUGACCCCACACCCGUUCCGGGCUUCCAGGUAGCCUACGUGGUGUUCCAGAAGCCAGGCGGGGUGUCGGCCGCCUUAGCCCUGAAGGGCCCUUUGCUGGUCUCGACCGACAGUCACCCUGUGAAGAGCGGCAUUCACAACUGGAUCAGCAGCUACGCUGACUCAGUGCCAGACCCUGAGGCCUUGAGGGCCGAAGUGGACACGUUCAUGGAGGCGUAUGACAAGAGGAUAGCAGAGGAGGAGGCUAAGGCUAAGGAGGAGGAAGGGAUUCCGGACGAGGAGGGCUGGGUGAAGGUGACCCGCCGGGGCCGGCGGCCCGUGCUGCCCCGGACAGAGGCGGCCAGCCUGCGGGUGCUGGAGAGGGAGAGACGGAAACGCGCCCGCAAGGAGCUGCUCAACUUCUACGCGUGGCAGCACCGAGAGACCAAAAUGGAGCAUCUCGCCCAGCUGCGCAAGAAGUUUGAGGAGGACAAGCAGAGGAUUGAACUGAUGCGGGCCCAGCGCAAAUUCCGUCCCUACUGAGCCGAGCUGGCCCGAGGGCCCCACGGAGCAGGCAGAGAAGGGUGAGGCGCUCGGCUGGUGAGGACACAAAGGUCCGGAACGCUGGUCCUAGACUGCCCGGGUCCCGGUGCUGGCGGCGCCUGCCCGGCGUGAGGGCUCGUCAGGUCCACACCGGCCCGGCCCUGGACUCGCCUCUCAGGCACAGUGUCACAGUGUCUGCUGUGUUCCCCCCUUGCCCCGCUGAAGGGCCCCCGCUGGCAGUGAGAGAGCGUCAGCAGCUGUGAGAACACAAGGAUGUUUUUUUUCAUCCAGCUGGGCGGCAGCCUGGCCGCUCCCCCCGCCCCAGACUGUCAGCGGCUCCCCCUUGAGGUCACAUGCCACACGUCAGAAUCUUGGCCCCAUCCCUCCAAACCCCGCCCCAGGAGCCUCUGCCUCAGCAUGUGACGGUCUUCAAGACCAGCGAGGCUGGUCCCCACCGCUCCUGGCCCGGCGGGGGUGGGGGUGGGGGGGUGCCCAGGAGCUGGGAGACAACAUGGCGAGUGAUGGGAGCCAGGUCUCCGAGGCCCCGGGCCCAGGCUACAGCUGGCUCGGGGGGCUCUCACUGCUCUUCAAGAAGGAGCCGAUGACCCCGGCCACGUGCUGGGGUUGGUUCAGGUGCAUGUAGUGAUUGCCCACGACUUCUACCAUCUGGAACCUCUAGAGAGGGAGAGAUGUGUGCUGAGGUGAGGCCCGGAUGCAGGGGCUCUCGGGGCCCCGCUUCCCAGGCCUGCUGCCUCCCGAUGGUUCUGAAGGCUCCCGCACAGUGAACCUGGGGGCAGUGACUGACCCACAGCUGCAUGGGCACCCUCUGCGUGUCAGGGCCUGGCUCAGAGCCAGCAAGGAAGCCCUGUUUCAGGGGGCCAAGUGUCCACGCCCCAGUGGGCCGUUCUGAGUUGUGAGGUUGUAGCUAGGCUGGGGAGGGGCCUGGGGUGCUGCUCAUUCCGCUGCUCGCGGCCGGCCGGCUCGAACAACGUGCAGCCUUUCAGACUUGACGCUCCUUGGGAGACAGGAAGGCACUGCCCGCUGACCCGCCAGCCACUUCGGCAACGCUGCCAAGAUGUCAGCAGAGUCCCCAGGGUCAGCGCUUUGUAACAGGAGAAGGUUGUAAAGUGCUAGGCGCACCCAGGGACACAGGGCGGGCCCCAACCCCCAGCCGGGAGACACACCCUCACCUGUACUGAUGUCCCUGGUCAUCCGCUCACCCUAGAAAUUGUGGGAUGGCCUCUGGCCAAGUUGGCCUUGGCCUGCAGGAUAUGUGAGGACAAUAAAACUGGGAGAUGCUACCAAUUAA